GAUAGAUUCAGUGCUGAGUAAACUUGGAGUAACUUUCUAGAACUUCCCAGUAAUAUAAAUAGUAGUAUAAAUACAGGGGCCGUAAGCCCACCAGUUCAGUUUAGUUCCAGCUGCCUAAGUGGAUACAUAUCUGCAUUUUUCUGAGAUGGCAUCAAGGUCAUAGGAGACUUCAAAAUGGUGGCAUUCCUGAUGGGUCUCCAAGGCGGUUUUACCAAGUUCCCUUGCUAUCUUUGCCUUUGGGACAGCAGGGACACCAAGGCGCACUACCACAGGCGGGACUGGCCACAGCGGACCGAGUUCUCUGUGGGGAGGAACAACGUCAAGUGGGAGCCACUGGUGGACCCCCGGAAGGUGCUGAUGCCACCACUGCACAUCAAAUUGGGCCUUAUGAAACAAUUUGUCAGAGCUCUAGAUAAGGAGUCGGCAGCCUUCAAGUACCUUCAAGACUUCUUCCCUAAGCUGUCUGAGGCAAAGGUCAAAGCCGGUGUCUUCGUCGGACCACAGAUAAAGAAGAUCCUGGAGUGCAAUGAAUUCCCCAAGAAGCUCACUAGUAAGGAGAAAGCGGCUUGGAACAGCUUUGUCGCAGUGGUUCGGGGCUUCCUGGGCAAUCACAAGGCCGAAAACUGUGUGGAGCUGAUUGAGACUCUGGUGAAGAACUACGGCACAAUGGGCUGUAGGAUGUCCCUCAAAGUCCAUAUCCUUGAUGCUCAUCUUGAUAAAUUCAAGGAGAACAUGGAACCUACAGGGAACCAGGGAGAGAGGCAGAUAGAUAAGUUCCUGCUUUUUGUAAUUGUAACUACUACAUUUGGUGACAUUGUAAGGUGGUGUUUGAAUUGGCUGAGUUUGUGUGUGAUUAGUACCAGGUGAGUGGCUAAAUUGAUUAGCAGUUGAUUUUGCUAUUUGAUUGGUUUCCACACAGUUUAGUUGGUUCUUUUGCCAAGCAGGGGUAACAACAUUUAUUCAAGCAGCUUAUUUUAGCGCCAGCACGAAGCGCCAGCCAACAGAAGAGCCUCAACAAAAGAGCCGGGAGUCUAGCUGUGGGAGUCCAGCGAGGGGAGGCCUGCGCUGAGACGCUGUUCGACUAGAUCCGAACCUAACAGCGCUCUGGAAGAAGCCAUCUACUAGUCAGCUAAGAACCUUGGAGUCACCCUGGACCCCUGCCUCUCUUAUUCCCAGCACAUCUCCACUCUGGCACGCACUUGCAGAUUCUUCCUGAGCAACAUCCGAAGAAUCCGACCCUUCCUCACCAACUAUGCUACCCAGCUCCUGGUCCAGGCCCUGGUACUCUCCCGCCUAGACUACUGCAACUCCCUCCUGGCUGGCCUCCCUGCGUCCACCACCCGUCCGCUCCAGCUCAUCCAGAACUCUGCUGCUCGCCUGGUGUUCUCUCUACCUCGCUUCGCCCACGCUACUCCACUACUCCGCUCGCUCCACUGGCUCCCGAUCACCGCUCGCAUCCAGUUCAAGACUCUUGUACUAGCCUACAGAUGCCUUGAUCAGACUGCACCCAGCUACCUCCAGACCCUCAUCUCUCCCUACACCCCCACUCGACCUCUCCGCUCCGCCUGCACUAGAAGACUGGCUCUACCUCCGCUACGCUCCCCUGCCUCCCGAGCCCGCUCCUUCUCCACCCUUGCUCCGCAGUGGUGGAACGACCUUCCUACAGAUGUCAGGACUGCCCAGUCCCUGACCACCUUCCGGCGCCUCCUUAAGACUCACCUCUUCAAACAGCACCUGUAGAACUCCUCUGCUGUAUCCUGGGACACUAUCACCCUUCAUUUAAAUAUGCUUUAUUUUGCUCUUAUCCGCCCCCUAUUUUACUGCAUUUAAU